CCCGAGGCUUGUGUGAUCAAAACGUAUAAGGUCGCAUCAUAAAUCACUCUUAACAAAUUACUCAAUUAUGGCACUAUAAUAACAUCUCAAUUAAGUACUCCUACAAUAUGGACUCAAUUACAUAACUCCCAAAGAAAGGGGACCAAACUGAAAAUUUUCCAACAAAUUCCCGAUUAGCCCACCAUCUUUUAUUCACUCACUUCCCCUGCCUCUCCCAACAAAACAGGUUUCAGCAGCCUCCAGAGGAUAGCAAUCGGCCUGGCCCUCUCCACCAUCGGCAUGGCCGUUGCCGCCCUGGCCGAAAGCCGCCGCCUAUCCGCCGCCAAAUCCAUCACCGCCGCGACGAAAACCGUCCCAAUCUCAGUCUUCCUGCUGAUCCCACAGUUCCUCCUGGUCGGUUCAGGGGAGGCAUUCAUCUACACAGGGCAGCUGGACUUCUUCAUCACUCAGUCCCCCAAAGGGAUGAAGACAAUGAGCACGGGGCUAUUCCUCACCACUCUGUCGCUCGGGUUCUUCGUCAGCAGCUUCUUGGUCAUGGUGGUGAAGAAGGUGACUGCUGGUGGUGGAAAUGGUGGGCAAGGAUGGCUGGCUGACAACAUUAACCAUGGAAGGCUCGAUUGCUUCUAUGGGUUGUUGGCUGUUCUUGGAGUGGUGAACUUUGUUGUGUUCUUGGUGUGUGCUGUCUGGUACAAGCCUAGUGGGAAAGAGGGUGGUGGGUCAAUGGAGAUUGUGGAGAAGAAGAGUAAUGGGGUUGAGGAGAAGUGCUAAAGGGAGAUUAAGGGUUAAUGUGCUCUAGCUCUUAGUUUGUAUGUACAUUAGUAAUAAUCUUGGAGGGGGGUUUCCUAUUUCCUUUUUGCAUCUUUUUGUAUUUUGUGAGUGUGGUUUCGUUUCUCGAAAUUUCGAAGUGAAACGGGAGGUCGAGUUUUAAACUUGUCUAUGUAUGUGUAGAAUUGUGGUGAACUUCGUAUCAGAAGUAAUAGAAAAAUGAAAAUCAUUAUGUAAUAGUUGUGAUCUUGUCGUUAAUUGACUUGUUAAUGUUGAGAUUCUAAUCAUUUGAGUUGAACACUGUGUAGUUUAGUCUUAGAUUAUUCGUUCAUCGCACUACUAUAUUCUAAUGAAAAUACUACUACUCAAGGUUCAUCCUAAAUUCGAACAAUAAAUCUACAGAUACCUU